GUUCCAGUUGAUCUGAUUUCUGCUUGGUAACUUUUUGAAGGCCUGAAGUUGGACAUCAUUAGUGACAGUUGCUACCUGACCGUACACCACAGCAAGAGCUUUGUAUAUCUUUUUCAGUUAAAAAAUAAUGACUUUCUUGGAAUUUAAUCAUAGCAAAGCCUGUUUUUUUCUGUCACCUGAAAGAAUACUUAAGCACCAUCAGUAAUUCUUCAGAGACCUCAUAGAAUUCACUUUAUACUAAACAACUGAGUGACUCUGGGUUGGUUAUCAGGAGUCUUAAGGAUUGUAGAUAUCAACUUGCCUUCUGAAAUAUUCAGCCACUGCUAUUCAGAACUAUUGUUGCUGAAAUACCAUGUCUAGGAACUCGGAGAUCAUCAAUCUGUCAUUUUUAUUAGAUCAUGAGAAGGAAAUGAUCCUGGGAGUGCUAAAGAGAGAUGAAUAUUUGAAAAAAGUGGAAGACAAGAGAAUAAGGAAGCUGAAAAAUGAACUAUUAGAAGCAAAACGUAGAAGUGGGAAGACUCAACAGGAGACCAGCAGAGUCUGUGUUCACUGUCAGAGAAACCUGGGCCUAAUCUUUGAUCGAGGUGACCCCUGCCAGACCUGUUCACUGAGGGUAUGCAGUGAAUGUCGGGUCACAGGUCUCGAUGGCAGCUGGAAGUGCACUGUCUGUGCCAAAGUCGCGCAGCUAAGGAUUAUAACAGGUGAAUGGUUUCUUGAAGAAAAGGCCAAACGCUUCAAGCAAGUCAAUUUUCUAGGCACCGAUGUUGUCCGGCAGUCAAUUUUAAGAAGUCCAGGAGCUGAAGAAGUACAAAGUCAAGAGCAAACCUCCCAGAUUGCAGAAAAGUCAGACACUCCACCUCCUGCUGGGCAAAAGGCCAGCCAUGAUGGCCCCAAGAGAAAGGGAUUUCUUCUUAGCAAAUUCAGGUCAGCAACCAGAGGAGAAAUUGUUACUGCAAAGACUGAAAGUGGACGGAGCUACAGCUUGGAUUUAGACAGCCAGAAUUUUCAGAGUUUAAAAGCAGUCCCAGGUUCAGACAGGGGAAGCAUGGAUUCAUCAGAUUUCAAUGACCGGGAAGCUGGUGCUGGGACUCCAAAGAGCAGCCGGAGCAGUGGUAUGGCCCCAGCCACUCAGAGGUCACCAGCCCCAAGCACACGCAGCAUGAGUUCAGUAAGCAGUAGAGAACGUGGUUUUGACAAUUCCAUGGUUUCGGCUGGCAUUGAAAGCACAACUGAGGGGCUCGUAAGAUGUCAUCACAGAAAUACAUCAGACCAUAGUCGAUCUGAGUUAGAGUUGAGUGAGUCGUGCACUGAAGACUUCGAGGAUUCUGUAAGCAUGAGCAAGUUUGUCCCUGGUGCUUUAGACAAAGAAGUGAACUCCUUGGUAGACACUGAAGAAGGCAAUGAGGAUGUAGUGUCCUCUCAAUUUUCUACAAACACCCACAGUCUGGCAAGCGGCCUGUCUACGAAUUCUCAAGCUGGAUCUGACAGGAAGUGGACCUACUUAAAUGUGCCUGAUGCUGACUCAGACACUACCAGUCUUAACAGCAUGACGAGUGUUUAUAGUGAAACCGGAGACUAUGGCAAUGUGAAGGUCAGUGGGGAAAUACUUCUCCACAUCAGCUACUGCUAUAAAACUGGCGGGCUCUACAUUUUUGUCAAGAAUUGCAGAAAUCUGGCCAUAGGAGAUGAAAAGAAACAAAGGACAGAUGCUUAUGUCAAGUCAUACCUUCUUCCUGACAAGUCCCGGAACAAUAAACGCAAGACCAAAAUCAGAACAGGCACUAAUCCAGAAUUCAAUGAAACAUUAAAGUAUACCAUCAGCCAUACCCAGCUGGAAACAAGAACUCUGCAGCUCUCAGUCUGGCACUAUGAUCGGUUUGGACGGAACAGCUUCCUCGGAGAGGUGGAGAUCCCUUUUGACUCAUGGAACUUUGAAAAUCCAAGUGAUGAGUGGUUUGUGCUUCAGCCCAAGGCGGAGUUUGCUCCUGAUAUUGGCCUUCAAUACAAAGGAGAGCUGACAGUUGUUUUACGUUAUAUUCCCCCAGAGGAGAACCUGAUGCCCCCACUACAACAAUUUCAAGGGAAGAGGACCUUUAAGAAAGGAAAGAAGGAGUCACCUGUACACUCUGGAGGAAUACUGGAAGUGUGCAUCAAAGAGGCAAAGAACUUGACAGCAGUGAAAUCAGGAGGCAAUUCUGACAGCUUUGUGAAGGGCUACCUGCUCCCAGAUGAUAACAAAGCCACCAAGCACAAAACUCCAGUUGUAAAAAAGAGUGUUAACCCUCAGUGGAAUCAUACUUUCAUGUUCAGUGGCCUGUAUCCACAGGAUAUAAACAACGUCUGCCUAGAACUUACCAUCUGGGACAAGGAGGCCUUUUCCAGCAACAUCUUUCUGGGAGGAGUUCGUUUGAAUUCUGGCAGUGGUGUGAGCCAUGGGAAGAAUGUAGAUUGGAUGGACUCUCGAGGAGAAGAGCAACGCCUUUGGCAGAAGAUGGCUGACAACCCUGGGACUCCUAUAGAGGGUGUGCUCAUGCUCCGCUCCAGCAUGGGGAAGUGUAGGCUCUGAAGGAAUCAGUCCUACAGGAAUGAAGACUCUAGGAACUGUCUGGAUGCCAUUUUUCACUGGUAGCAGGCUGGGACCUGAAAUUUUAUUUCCCCAUCAUUUCUCACCUGAAAGUAUUGUGACAAGAGGGAAAGACACCACUGUUAUAAACAUUUAGAGUUUUGUUGAGUGGCUAAAAAUAUAUGUACCUCUCUGUGUGCAUAGGCUGGGCUUUCUUGGGUGUAUGUUAGUGUAUGACGUUGUCCUGUCAGUAAGCAAAUUGUGCAAUACUAUGCUGUGUUAUAAUACUAUGCUUUACCAACCAUUCUCAAGGUUGGGGAGGAGGUUCCCAGAAUUUUUCUAAUUGCAAAUUAUUUUACAUUUCUUAAAAUAGUUUGAAGAGAAAGAGAACUAAUGAGAUGGUGGAUCACUGGAAACAUCAGAUGAAGGAAUACUGAUCACAGUUGACUCACUCUAGGAAUCCUCAUGAUCCAAGAAAGUGUGGUGGGAUGCUUCCUCAGGCAAGAAAGUGAUUCUGUUAUUUAACGAACUUGUGGAUUUGCCAGACAAUGUUUCAAGGUGGUCUGAAAGAGAUUCCUGGGGUGACUACAGAAUCUAUCAUCUAAAUUAGCCUAUUAAUCAUAGUGAAGAGAGCUAGACAAUGACACCAGAACAUCAGUUGUAAAUUAAGAUUGACCUGGGAAACGGGAUAUAGAAUCACCCUACUGAUAACCUACUUAGCAGAGAACUCUGUCAUAAACAAAUAUUAUAUGAAAAGUUUUAAGUCAUUAACUAAAUGGGAGUAAGGAACAAUGGCCAAAUUA